CGGCGACGCUAUUCCGGUUCCGGAAGGAACGGGCGCGUAACUCAGAGGGGUAGAAGGGUCUUGCAAUGCCUCUGCACAAGUACCCUGUGCACCUGUGGCAGAAGCUGCGACUGCGGGAAGGCAUCUACGCGCGCUUGCCUGCCCACUUCUUGCGCUCGCUGGAAGAAGAACGGACGCCGACCCCGGUACACUACAAACCUCACGGGGUUAAGUUCAAGAUCAACCCCAAGAAUGGGCAGCGCGAGCGCGUUGAGGACGUACCCAUCCCAAUUCACUACCCUCCAGAGUCCCAGCAGGGACUAUGGGGUGGAGAGGGCUUGAUUUUGGGCUACAGAUACGCCAACAACGACAAGCUCUCGGCGAGGGUGAAGAAAGUGUGGAAACCUCAGCUGUUCACUCGGGAGCUCUACAGUGAAAUCCUGGACAAGACAUUCACCGUGUCUGUGACCAUGAGGACCUUGGAUCUCAUUGACGAGGCCUACGGAUUCGACUUCUAUAUCCUCAAGACCCCAAAGGAGGACCUGUGCUCCAAGUUUGGGAUGGACUUGAAGCGAGGGAUGCUGCUGAGGCUUGCACGCCAGGACCCCCAGCUCCACCCUGAUAAUCCCGAGCGGAGAGCAGCCAUCUAUGACAAGUACAAGAGUUUUGUCAUCCCUGAGGAGGAGGCUGAGUGGGUCGGCCUGACUCUGGAGGAGGCUGUGGAGAAACAGAGACUUCUGGAGGAAAAGGACCCUGUACCCCUGUUCAAGGUCUACGUAGAGGAGCUGGUCCAGCGGCUUCAGGAGCAGGUUCUGUCCAGGCCUGCAGUGGCGCAGAAGAGAGCCGGUGACCGUGCCUGACCACCGGCCUCAGCCUCCCCUAUGGGCUUUUAGCGCUAUGGACACAGUUGGGGUGGGCGCAAGGACCACCUGUGGGGGAACCCCACUUGGCAUAUGCUGACCACGCAGCAC